UCCACAUUGAAAAACUCGAGCCAAAUCCCAAUUUCCCAUUGCAAUACAAAAUCAAUACAACAACGACACAACAUGGCAACAUCGCCCGCAGCAGUCGCUCUCCCGCCGAGCAACUUCUCUGCGGCUGCAUCAUCAUCAUUAUCAUCAUCUGCGACCAUGAGCACUGGCAGCGGGGUGGGCAGCAGCAGCAGCCUCGACGACCCAUCCGCUUUGAGCACCGCCGCUGCUGCUCGACGGGCUGCUCAGUCGCCGACGACGCCGCGGUCGCUGAGCCCCGUCGGCACCUGGCAGUCGCAUGUGCUCAAGUCGGCCUACUUGCUCAAGGAAGGCGCGAAUGUCAAGAACUGGAAGCGGCGGUUUUGGCGUCUGCAUCCGAACGCGCUCUCGUACUUUAAGACCGAAGCGGACUCGGCUGCAACCGGAACCGUCAAUCUGAAGGACAUUCUGGGCGUCCAGCGAUCAGGACGGCAUGCGACUCGCCCAUUCACAUUUGCAGUCAUCACCGAAGGCAGGACGUUUUACAUUCAAGCGGAAUCGUCCGACGAGCAGGACGCCUGGAUGGACGCAAUCGUGGCUGCCGUCAUUGCGCGCGACGGAGACGUCGUCUACCCCGAAUGGUUUGUUGCGAAAAUGCGUGUUGCGUUUGACCGAUUCGACCACGACAAGAACGGCUGGCUGGACCGCGACGAAUUGUUUGAGCUCUUGUCCACACUUGGCCGAACUGUCUCGACCUCGGAUGUUGAAACAACAAUCUCGCAUCUGGACACAACUGGGAAAUGCGCCAUUGACCUUCUCGAAUUUGUGACUGGAAUUGUUUACAUUUUCAGAACUUUCCGAGCGCGCUCCUUCCUUCCCGACGGCAUGGACGACGAGCCGAUCGAGUCUGGCGCUGCUUCUCCGCUGCAGCAACAGCCACCACCGCUACCGCCACAACAACAGGCAACCAGUGGUGUGCUAACUCCGCCUCCUCGCACUAAACGUUUAGAGCGACAAGCCGCGGCAGCACAGCAAGCGGCGUCUAGCGGCACAUUAUCGGCCACCGCCCAACUCCAGCUUGUGCUAUCGCAGCAGCAACAGCAGCAACAGCAGCAACUGCAACAGCAACAGCAACAGCAAUCACAACAACAACAACAACAACAACAUCAACAACAUCCCACACAGCUAAGCACGGUACCGGAAACACCGUACUCGCCUUCGGAAGCAACCAGUCCCCAAUCAGGAGCAAUUACCCCUCGCAGUGCGGAUAGCGUGGCGAGCGUUUCGUCAACCGACAUGGUGAAUCUUCGGCUUGAAUUGGAAGAAACCAAAGCACGUGCGCGAGAAUUAGAGGUCAACGUGAAGUUGUUAAUGACGGAAAACCGGGAACUUCGCAAUCUUGUUGUGGAGCUGCAGGCUGAAUUGGAAAACUCAGGCGCGUCCAAGUCCGCUGCAACAGAGUCAUUUGCUUAGGCGAGUUGCUACCUCGGUGCGGUUGUUGUUGAAAAAGGCAUGCUUUUUUUUUUUUUGAGUGUUUCUCUCUUGCGUUUAUUCUGUAUUCCAUCUUGCGUUUCAUUUCAGGUGUUGGUGUAUCAAACCACAAGUUAUUUGUGC